AUGCCUGACAAGCCAACGACUGUUGCCGCCUAUGCGGCCGGCGCAUCUCUGGCUGCCAUUGCCGCCUUCUAUGUUUUCGGCCCUACGUUCUUUAUCGAUGGCGAGAAUUCCUGGCAUACCAACGACGGACGAAAGCGCACCAUUAUCGGCCUAUCGAACCCGGCCAAUGACUGUUUUAUUAACUCGGUUCUGCAAGCAUUGGCUGGGCUGGGCGAUUUGAGAUUAUACUUGAUAAAAGAGCUCCAUCGAAGGCAACUCGAAGGUCAAGCGUUAUAUGAAACAGCGCCGACAGUGGUACGGAAAGGCGAAAGACCUGAGAGAAUUAUCAGUUUGCAGAAGGGACCGGUGACCAAGGCACUAAAGGACAUGCUAGAUGCUCUGAACGAGCGGCCCAUAUACAAGAAGACAAUCAGUGCGAGACCCAUGAUCGAAGCUCUGGAGAGGGCAUUUCAAACUCGGAUCAGCCGGAAUCAACAGGAUGCGCAAGAGUUCUUACAAAUAGUCCUGGAACGGCUUUGUGACGAGUAUCAUGCGGCCCAGCGAGCUCGACAGAGGGCUGAACUGAACAUCUCUCAGAAUGGCCGAGCGAUAGAACCGGGCCCGAAGUCAUCCAAUGGCAGUUCAUUUUCGACAAAGGUGAUGGUUGGAACGAAUGAAGGAUUUCCUUUCGAGGGACGUAUAGAGUCUCAAAUAACCUGUCUACGGUGUGGUUACAAGACCAAGCCUAGUGCUACGACGUUUGUGUCUUUAACCUUAAACGUGCCGCAGAAAAGCUCCACGUCGCUGGACAGCUGUUUUGAUAUUUUGUUGAAAAGCGAAGAAAUUGAUGAUUUCAAGUGCGACAAGUGCAGAUUAAACCAUGCCUUGGAAUGGAAAGCUAGCAAAUUAAACUCGGCUAACACAGACAGUGACCGAGAGGCAUUGGAGAAGGAUAUUGCUACGAUCGAGGAAGCUAUCCACCAGGAUCCAGAAAAGACACUCGAUGGCGUCACUCUUCCAGAUUCCAAACAGGCCCCGAAGUCGAAAAUUCGAAAAUCAACACGGAUUACCGUGUUCCCAAAGGUGAUCGCUAUUCACCUGUCAAGGUCGAUGUACGACCCGGGUAGCUACUCCACCAAAAAUCUAGCCAAAGUUUCAUAUACUCAGAGACUUCGCCUGGGAGGCCUCUUGAAUGAGCACUGGUACAAGUUGCUUGGUGUCGUGUGCCACAAAGGAAGCCAUAAUAGUGGUCAUUAUGAAUCGUUUCGGCGCAAUCAUCUGUACCCUCCUUUUGCAACACCGGAUCCGUUUGGGGCGUAUGCUUUUGCCAGUCGCCAAAGUAGUGCAGCACCAUCAGCAGCACCGAGUCCGAGCGUGGAAGCGAUGCAAGCCAACGGGGUUUCUCAUGGUCCUCCCGAUGGCAACUCCAGCGUCUCUAUUUCAGCCUCUUCAUUGUCCACGGGCAAUAGCCGACCCGAGUCACAUGGAGUGGAUGCUAGAGUGCCUGCCACUGCCAUAGCACCUGCAACAGGCACAGCAGAACCGGAGCCAGUCAUGUUACCUGUGCAUCGAACAGAGACACAGACGUCCAAACCUCAAAUCAGGACGCAUGAGGCGGCAGCAAGUAGCAAGUUUCGCCGACGAAAGAAAUCCAAUGAUAGAUGGUGGCGUAUCUCGGAUGAGAAGAUCAAAGAAACACGUACAGCAGACGUUCUUUCUAUGCAGCGUGAGGUCUAUCUACUGUUCUAUGAGCUGGAGCGGCCAGGCGACGAUGCUGUUGGAUAA